AUGGCAACAUCGACCACCAAAACAAGAAGGAGAAGAUUGAGGAUUUGUCUAUCUAUUGACUUUGACGCACUGUCUGGCUACCUGGGCACUGGACAUGAUCCAGCCAAUACCCUGUCGGACUACUCUGCAGGGGUGUUCUCGGCGAACGUUGGUGUUGGGAGACUACUGCGCUUGUUCAAGAAACAUGGCAUCUCUGAGAAAGUGACGUGGUUUAUCCCCGGACACAGCCUGGAGACGUUUCCAGUCCAAGCCCAAGAAAUCCUACAAAGUGGUGCUGAAAUUGGUCUACACGGGUAUAGCCAUGAAGGAGCGUAUGCCAUGACGGUACAACAGGAAAAGGAUGUGUUGGAAAAAUGCAUUGAUAUCAUUACCAAGCUACAGAAUGGUAAGAGGCCCGUGGGGUAUCGGGCGCCAUUGUACCAGAUCCGCGAAACAACCGUCCGCCUGCUUCAAGAGCACGACUUUCUAUAUGAUUCCAGUAUGAAUGCGCAUGAUGCGCAGCCAUAUUUCCUGCCCAGGCCUUUUCCUGAACAGCCACCACAUGUCCCAGAUUACAGCAAGGAUGCUAGCAGUUGGAUGAUUCCCACACCACUUCCACAGCAGCCAGCAAUUGGUACCACCGAGGCCGAUGAAUCGCUGGUUGAGAUUCCUGGCUCAUGGUACACGGAAGACAUGACACCACUUGGGUUCUACCCAUAUGCAGCCAAUACGCAAGGCUACGUAGGGGUUGAUCUGGUGGAAAAGAUGUGGUGGGAUCGAUUUGACUGGAUCUGGGAGAAUGAGAGCUGGUUGGACGAGGAACCGGGACAAGGAUAUGGCUCAGUCUUCCCAAUGAUAUGGCAUCCUGAAAGCUCCGGGAGAGCCCAUAUUGUGGGCAUGAUUGACAAAUUCAUUGCCAAACUAGUAGCUCGGAUUCAGGCCGCAGAAGACGGAGAGAUCACUUUUGAAACGAUGGAAGAGGUUGCACAUGGGUGGAAACAUCGUGGACAGUAA